UCAGACAACUGCAGAGAGAGGGAUCUAGAAUGAAGAAGGAGGUUUGUUCUUGUUUGCGAGCUCGUCUUGUGGAAUUCCUCAUUCAAUCAGCUCAGGACCUUCAAGUUUCUCCGAUCGUCAAAUACUCAGCACUGUCACUUUUCGCUGAUCGAUUCUACCCAUCUCUUACCGGAGAAGGAACUAAAGAUGCUAAGAGCUGGCUCUUACAGCCUCUGAGAGAAAGCAAUUUGCAGCUAUUUGCCCUUGUUGCAAUAUGGAUCUCAAGCAAAAUACACGAUUCUCCUUCUCUAAGUCUCAAAUCCUUCAAGUCUCUGGCUGACAACAGCAUUAAAGAGCAGCAUUUUACAACAAAGGAUUUUCUGGAAGCUGAGCUAGUGUUAAUGGAGGUAUUGAAAUUUGAGAUCGGCAUGAAAAGCAUUCCCUUCCGAUUCUUCGAAGAUCUACUCUUAAAGUUCAGUGAAGUUGCCAGAGUUGGAAAGCAAUUAAGCUUGGAAGCUUGCAUGGAUAUUAUGGAUCUGGUAUACGAAAAGGGGAAGAUUUCAUCUUUCAAUUGUUCUUCUCAUCAUCUAGCCGCAUCGAUUGUUGUUGCUGCAUACGCAAUCACAGUUCCAUUGCAACAGAGUGAAUUCCCCAUUCUUCUAUGGGUAAAAUUUGUCACUUCGUGCAAAGAGGAGGAUAUUGUAGACACUGUCAAAAAUAUUCUAAUGCACCUGUUUGAAGCUUGAAUUUCACUCAACUGUUAUUGUA